AACUCGGAAGUGAUUUUGAGUUUCACCGCACGUGUCGGUUAUAGGUGGAGGUUCUGAUGUCAGUGUUUACUACUGCCACGGGUGGUUUACAGGGUAUGUUGGGGUCUGUCUUGAAGUUUACCGGUAUGCGAUCGCUCCUGAGCGUGCAUGACAUUUCCGUUAGAGUACACUACCGUUGGUAUGCUAAACCAGCUGCAAAGGGGAAAGGAAAAGCCACAGUCAAAGAAGUUUUGAAGGGCCCCGAGGUUUGCAAAGACCCUGCUCUACUUACCACACAUGCAAUGGGAGUAAAUAUUUAUAAAACAGGCAAAGAUCCGGAGCUGAAACCUGACACUGAGUAUCCAGAUUGGUUGUUUACUUUGAAUCUUGGCCCACCUAAGAAACUGGAAGAGUUGGAUCCAGAGUCUCUCGAGUACUGGAGGCGGCUGAGAAAAUAUCAUAUGUGGCGUCACAACAGAUUACAUAAGGGGAAGACAAUGUAAUUGUUGGCUGCUCUAAGACUAUUGCUACUAGUGCAAAAUGUGAUAUAACACAGUUUCCUUAUUGUUACAUAUGGUUACAGUAGAGCAAAACUGGAUUACCUUUGCCAGCAGUUGUGGAACAUCCGUGCAGACUUCAAAGAUGUGAUAGGAUCUAUAGUACACUGUAUUACUUGGAUUGUGGAAAGCAGAAACACACCGUUAUGGUUAACUGCAAAAUGGAUGUUGUAAGCCAGUAAUAUAUGCUGUAUUUGUGGAAAACAAUGUUUUCUAUGCAUAAUAACUUACAGAACUGA